CCCCCCCCCCCCCGCCCGCCCCGCCCGCCCGACCCCCCCCCCCCGCCGCCCCGGGGCCCGCGCCCCCCCGGGCCCCCCGCCCCGCCCCCCGCCCCCGACCCCCGGCGCCCGGCCCCCCCCCCCCCCCGCCCCGCCCGGCCCCGGCGCCGCCCCGCCGCCCCCGCGCCGCCGCCGCCCCCGG